GCGCUACUCGGCGACCUCCCGCCCGCAGCAUGAAGGUACUUCGACGCGCUUGGAGGCACCGGGUGGUGCUGGGCCUAGGCGGGCUGGCAUUUUGCAGCACUACUCUGUUGUACUUGGCGCGCUGCGCUUCUGAGGGCGAGACGCCCUCCGCUUCUGGAGCCGCUCGACCCCGCACUAAGGCCUUCUUGGCAGUGCUAGUGGCCAGUGCGCCCCGCGCGGUUGAGCGCCGCACCGCAGUGCGCAGCACGUGGCUGGCUCAAGAGAGGCGUGGCGGACCCAAGGACGUGUGGGCGCGCUUCGCUGUGGGUACUAGCGGCCUAGGCUCAGAAGAGCGGCGCACUCUUGAGCUCGAGCAAGCACAGCACGGGGACCUGCUGCUGCUGCCCGCCUUGCGCGAUGCCUAUGAGAACCUCACAGCCAAGGUCCUGGCCAUGCUAACCUGGCUGGAUGAGCACGUAGACUUCGAGUUCGUGCUCAAGGCGGAUGACGACUCUUUUGCGCGACUGGACGCUAUACUGGUGGAGCUACGGGCACGUGAGCCCGCACGCCGCCGACGCCUCUAUUGGGGCUUCUUUUCUGGGCGUGGUCGCGUCAAGCCGGGAGGUCGCUGGCGAGAAGCUGCCUGGCAACUCUGCGACUAUUACCUGCCCUAUGCUCUGGGCGGUGGGUAUGUCCUUUCUGCGGACUUGGUGCAUUAUCUGCGCCUCAGCCGCGAAUACCUGCGCGCAUGGCACAGUGAAGAUGUAUCGCUGGGCACCUGGCUGGCACCGGUGGAUGUACAACGGGAGCACGACCCACGCUUCGACACGGAGUACAAAUCUCGAGGCUGCAGCAAUCAGUAUCUGGUGACACACAAGCAAAGCCCAGAGGACAUGUUGGAGAAGCAACAGAUGUUGCUGCACGAGGGCCGGUUGUGCAAGAAUGAGGUGCAGUUGCGCCUUUCUUAUGUCUAUGACUGGUCAGCGCCACCCUCCCAGUGCUGCCAGCGCAAGGAGGGCAUUCCCUGAUGUCAUUGCGGGUACUGUGGCCUCUCCUGACACAGGCCAAGCUGCCUGAACAAUCUGGGCAAUUAUCUGGGGUGAGCUUGAUUUAUCCAAUUAUUGUUGAGACCUUGGGUCUAAUGUCCAGAGACAGCUUACAAUGUCUAGUCCAGUGGGCGUGCUCAUUAUUAGUGGUCUUGUGUAAGGCCUACCUAAGGGCAUCUGGUUAUGGAUUUGGAGGUUGCAUCUGCACCCACACAUACAUACACUCCCUGGCCUAUGUAAUGCUGGAGUGUGAGGAUGGGGCCUCCUCACUUGAGCUUAUAGUGCCCUCAUUCUGCACUCUACAGCUCACUGCUCAUCUUGAAUGUUCUGCACAGCCUGACCUGCAGACUGUGUUGAAUUCAUCUCAAAAUGUUAUUUGUCAAAGUUGUCUUUGUAUUAUUUGGGCAAAGUUUCAUUCUCUUGUGUCUCCUGUUUUUAGCUUUUGUCAUGGACAAGUUUGAGGUUUGACUUGAUUUUCAAGUCAGCUAGCUUAGAAUUUUUGUCUCUGUGGAUAGAGUUUGGUAAAUAUAAUGCAGUUUGCUUAGGGCCUAUUUAUAAAUAUUGUAUGCUUGUAUAGAUAAGAAUUUACAGAGGUGGGCAAAUCUCUGGGUUCAAGGCCAGCCUGGUCUACAGAGUGAGUCCAGGACAGCCAGGACUACUCAGAGAAAUCCUGAAAAUGUCUUAAUUUAUUUUUAAUUACUUAAGAAAAAUACUUGUGUCAGAAUUUGUAUCUGUGGAUUAAUCUGUCAACAGCCUAAGUUGCCAACCCCACUGCUGGGUGUGUUUAAAACAUAGAAGGAUGUUUAAAUUCUCCAUCUCUCUUUCAGGUUUAUACAUAAGUCAGUCCCUUUGUGUGUGUGUUUGUGUGUGUGUUUGUUUCUGAACAGACAUUACUUGUAAGGCUUUUCAGGAAGCAUGAGCCUAUGAACUGUAAGGCACUUGUCUAUUACAAAGUUUGUCUUUCAAAAUGGUUUAUUCACACCAACAUUCUUUACACUAUCAUGCUAAUAUAACAGCUAAACAGCUGUCUCACCUAGCAGAGAACAGGAAAUGCUGCUGCAGGUUCCACUGGGUAAUCCAGUGAAUGCAUUUCAGAAUCCAGUGAAUACAUUUUCCCAGCCACCACGCACUGUGAAGUCCUUCAGUUGUCAAUUGUAGUAGACUGAAAGGAGAUCCUUGAGAGUGUAAGCCAGUGGCUAGUCAAUGGCAGGCUUAAGUGGACUGAGUAACAGCUCCUGAAGUUCAGGGGUGACUGAGGCCAGGGCCACCUAGAGAGUUUCAAGUCCUCUUGAUAUCAACACAGAGGCUAUAGAAGCCUUGUCACAAGAGCAUUGACAGUAUGAUCUUAGAGACCAUCUCUAACAUUCUCAUUUUUGUAUCAUUUCAUUGAGCAGCACCUUUGGUUUACUCUCAUUUCAAUGCCACCUAAGGGUUAGAUCAUUAGCAUAUCAAGGCCUAUCCUGGGCUAGGCACUUAUGGUGAGCUGCAGGGUGGGCUGCCAGUGGACUUGCUUCUGAGGCAUAGCUCUUAGCAAAGUUGCCUGGUGUCAAACUCAAGCAUAUUAUUUCGGGUCACACAAAAAGGCUUUUGAGUUACACAACAUGGUUUUUGUUCUCUACAAGCUUCCACAAAGACCUUCAGAUUCCUGUGUCUCAGCAAAAUUCCAGGAAUCCACACCUGAGUUGAGACUUCCUAAAUUCUCUCUUAAGGAAAUAAUAUUUGUUACCUAGCAUAGCACCCCAACCACACAAACAGUAUUACAUACCCCCUUUUAAUGUUUAAAAAAAAAUGAGUAUUCUUAGAAAAAUAUAAUAAGAUGGCUCCAGGAUAAAUGGACAAUCUGAGCUGGCCUUGACCUCCAGCUUUGGAUGAUGUUGCAAUCUCUGCUAUUUUAAUGGGACUGAUAUUUGUUUUUUUUGUUUUUAUGAGACAGGGUCUAGAAAUGUAGCCUAGACUAGACUUGAACUCAACCCUGCCUAAUCUCUUGACUACUGAGAUUAUAGGUAUAAGACACCGAACCUAGUUUACAUUAACUUUUUGUUUGUUUGGUCUGUAUAGUCUGCGGAUAUUCCUGCCUAGCCUUUGCUGUCCCGUUUGGGGAACUGGAUGGAGAGAGACUUGCCCUGAUUACCUGUCAUUUAUUUGCUUUUAAAUUUUCAGGCUGUAAACUUGAACAUGUUUUGAUUC